CCCUCUGGUGCUUUCUUUAUUAAACAACCAGAAUUUGAAGCUUUAAGAUGAUAAGUACUACAACAUCUUCAAUGAAGAUGAAAAUUCUGUGUUUAACACUUUGUUCCCUUUUCUUGUUUUGCUCUGCUUUCACUUCUGAUGAUUACGCUGACGCUCUUGAGAAAUCUAUUCUCUUCUUUGAGGGGCAGAGGUCAGGAAAAUUGCCAUCAAACCAGAGGGCCUCGUGGAGGGGAGAUUCUGCGCUGUCAGAUGGCUCUUCUGUUAAUGUGGACCUUGUGGGAGGUUAUUAUGAUGCUGGAGAUAACGUCAAGUUUGGCCUGCCAAUGGCCUUCACCACUACAAUAUUAGCAUGGAGUGUCAUCGAGUUUGGUAGCUCAAUGCACAGCCAGCUUGAGCAUGCCAAAUCUGCCAUCAAAUGGAGCACUGAUUAUCUUUUGAAAGCAGCCACUGCAACCCCUGACGCUUUAUACGUACAAGUGGCAGAUCCAAACCAGGAUCAUCAAUGCUGGGAGAGGCCUGAAGGAAUGGACACGCCACGCAAUGUAUACAAGGUAUCUGCUCAGAACCCAGGAUCUGAAGUUGCAGCAGAGACAGCUGCUGCACUGGCGGCGGCUUCAAUAGUAUUCAAAAACUCCGACCCCUCUUAUUCCUCCAAAUUGCUUCAUACAGCCAUAAAAGUGUUUGAAUUCGCAGACAAGCAUAGAGGUGCUUACAGUGACACUCUCAAUUCGGUUGUCUGCCCAUUUUACUGCUCCUACUCAGGCUACAAUGAUGAACUUCUCUGGGGUGCUUCAUGGAUUCAUACAGCCUCAGGGGACAGUUCAUACUUGGACUACAUCCAGUCUAAUGGCCACACAUUGGGAGCUGAUGAAGAUGACUACUCCUUCAGUUGGGAUGACAAGCGGGCUGGGACCAAAGUUCUACUUUCCAAGAGUUUUCUAGAGAAAAAAUCUGAAGGAUUUCAGAUAUACAAAGAACACUCGGACAACUACAUAUGUUCUCUAAUUCCAGGAACACCUAGUUUCCAGGCUCAGUAUACCCCUGGGGGGCUUCUUUACAAAGGAAGUUCAAGCAAUCUGCAGUAUGUUACUUCCUCAGCUUUCCUCCUCCUGACAUAUGCAAACUAUCUUUCCUCCAGUGGUGAAGCUGCCACAUGUGGUAGCUCAAAGGUGACAGUAGAAGAAAUCAUCAAACAGGCAAAGAAGCAAGUUGACUACAUUCUAGGAGAUAAUCCGGCAAAGAUGUCUUACAUGGUGGGCUUCGGGGACAAGUUUCCACAGCACAUCCACCACAGGGGCUCCUCUGUACCAUCCGUACAUGAACACCCUGAUCACAUUUCCUGCAACGAUGGGUUUCAGUACCUCAAAUCCGGUUCUCCCAAUCCAAAUGUCCAUGUAGGAGCUAUUGUUGGUGGCCCUGAUAGCGGAGACAGUUUCUCCGAUGAUCGGAAUAACUACCAGCAAUCUGAGCCGGCUACAUAUAUAAAUGCACCUUUUGUUGGUGCUCUUGCUUUCUUCUUACGCAAUCCCACCAUCCAGUAAUGACACUCUCAUUACCUAUGGCCUGAGGAUUAGUAUCAGAUAGAAUAUAUGAAAAAUAUUAUCUGUAACUUUCUUGUAUUAUUUUCUCUUUCUUGCUUCCGCUCACCAUUACCAUGUAAGUUUGAAACUUAGAUGGAGUGGAUUUGAAGAGAAAUAUGCUUCCAUCUAUCA